GCUUUUGAAAGCAGAGGAAUUUCUUCAGUUCCUAAGGAUAAUGCCACAAAUUUUGCUUCCCACAAAAAAGAAAACCUAAAGGAUAAAAACAAAAACAAAGAUGUCCGCCUCUUUGCUUCCUCUCCUCAUAUUUGUAUGCCAUUGUUCCCCACCAUUAUCAUCAUCUCUUCAAAUCCCCUGAAUCCUACCGUUUCUAUCUUUCUGAAGCAAAGGAAAGGAAAUGGAGUCAUCUUCGAGCCAGCGCGUCGCCAGAAUUGCUGCUCAUCUCAACCCUCCCAACUUUGAGUUGAGGAGAGAAGAAUGCAGGGCAAAAGGAGGGGCCCCUGGCUUCAAAGUGGCCAUCUUGGGAGCUGCCGGCGGGAUCGGACAGUCGCUGGCUCUCCUCAUGAAGAUGAACCCUUUGGUCUCUGUCCUUCAUCUCUAUGAUGUCGUGAACUCCCCUGGCGUUACUGCCGACAUCAGCCACAUGGACACUACCGCAGUGGUGAGGGGUUUCUUAGGGCAGCCACAACUCGAGGCUGCCCUAACAGGGAUGGACCUGGUGGUAAUCCCAGCUGGUGUGCCCAGGAAGCCUGGAAUGACAAGGGACGAUCUGUUCAACAUAAAUGCUGGAAUCGUCAGAACCCUCUGUGAAGGGGUCGCCAAGUGCUGCCCUAAUGUUGUGGUGAAUCUCAUAAGCAAUCCUGUGAAUUCAACCGUCCCAAUUGCUGCUGAAGUCUUCAAGAAAGCUGGUACUUACAACCCUAAGCGCCUCCUCGGCGUCACCGCCCUUGAUGUCACUCGCGCCAACACUUUCGUGGGAGAGGUUCUAGGACUUGACCCGAAGACGGUUGAUGUUCCAGUUGUUGGAGGCCAUGCUGGUGUUACCAUUUUGCCUCUUUUGUCACAGGUGAAGCCUCCCUGCAGCUUCACCCCAGAAGAAACUGAAUACCUGACAAAGAGAAUCCAAGAUGGUGGCACAGAGGUCGUUCAGGCAAAAGCCGGGGCUGGCUCUGCGACAUUGUCAAUGGCAUAUGCUGCUGCUAAAUUUGCCGAUGCUUGCCUCCGAGGAUUAAAAGGCGAUGCAGGUGUAGUCGAAUGUGCAUUCGUGGCAUCUGAGGUGACAGAAUUACCUUUCUUCGCAAGCAAGGUCAGGUUGGGUCGGGCGGGCGCUGAGGAAGUUUAUCAGCUUGGUCCCCUAAAUGAGUAUGAGAGGAUCGGGUUGGAGAAGGCAAAGAAAGAGCUGGCAGAGAGCAUUCAGAAGGGAACGAACUUCAUCAAAAAAUAAGUUCAAUGAAUACAAUCAGAGGAUUGUCCAACAACUAGCUACACCUUUCUACUUUUAUCCAACAACUUAUGUGACUAUUGCUCUACUAGAAGAUAUUUUGCUGCCAGAAUUAAAAAGACAAAUAAAAUAUAUCUUUUUCAUUAGACCUAGUAGAGCAUUAUUUUUCGAGAUGUGUGUUGUAGAUGUUCUGAAAGCACAAGAAGAUUCACAUAAUGCUUCAAUGACUCGCUAAAACACAACUCCUAACAAUGGCCAAGUGUAACCAAUGAAAAGGACUGCAAUAUAGUGGUGCAAGUAAUAAAUAUUGAAUCCACGGGCCUUUAGAAUUACUAUUACUGAGCUUUAGUUCAUUAUCUAGCAAAACAGAUUAAGAUAGAAGAACUAUAACUACUCUAGCAAACUACAGUUAAAGUUAAUCUAAUUACAGGUUGGGAACUCACUCAGGUAUGAUUCCUCCUAACUCCUCAAUCAGGUCCAAGUUGUAAUUUCCUUUGGUCGUUGUACUAUAUAUUAGACUGCGGAAGAUCCCAAAAUAGCUUGAAAUCUCUUAAGUUGACUAAGCCCUGUUAGACAGAUUAUACGGCAGGCGACUAGCCUUCACCGAGAUAGAAUGAUACAAAGCAAUGGAUUCACUUACUCUCGUACAAUCAAUUCACUACUAUCAAUCAACGAAACUCUCUUAACCUAAUCAGAUACUAUCUAUCAAAGGUUAAAGAAGAAAUCAAGAGAAUUUGAUCAGGAUUCAAUUGAAUCAAUAAAUCAUGCCUCAAUAAAUUAUAAUCAAACAGUAUAGCAUCCAAAAUCUCAUACAAGAAAAUCCUAACACAUGGAACUAGGAAUUCAUCAUGCCACAAUGACCCGCCUUGUCUGUUUGGAUAUCGAUACACCAUACGAUCAACUCGUCUCGUGCCAUCCAUGCAAGUAACCUCAGUACACAUUUGAUGGAGUUCUUCAAGGUUUGGUCUCGUAGGGACCUUCACUUUAUGAAAAUUACCACUGACUUAACGUACCCUGAUAGUAUCGUAUUUGCACAUGUUUCAUCCUCGUUUCUUGAUCAUUUUGGCUCGAGUUUGUGCCUUCUUGGUCUAUUUUACGCUAGGUUGUGUUCCUUAGUCACAUUUUAGGUCCUAACAUGUAAAGUGAAGCAUAGGCACGACGAUUCGGGAGAAGAAACUCGGGCAUGACGUGAAGAAGAAUGGAUUUCUAGCUCAUGUUAUGGACAAAUAAUCAUGUAGCUUGUCAUAAAAAUAAAUAGAAUGAGACUACGAGCUACUGGGAUCAAACGACGACUAAUUCGAAGUCCGGACGAGGGAGAAACAAAGCAUCAAAGAUAGUGGAACAGGUUCGGAGGAAGAAACACGGGCAGGAGAAACACGACCGUGUUUUUCCCUCCCGUGCCUGUGUUUUUAGUGCCGAGAACAACCAAGGGAAGGGCUAAAACACGACAUGAGAAACAUGAUCGUGUUUCUGCCCCCUGCUUGGUUAUAAGUCUAAUUUUUGCAAUUUUUGAGUGGUGAGAGCUGAGUUUUGGUUCCCAAACAUCCAAGGGACGAACCCUAAAGAGAGAGAGAGAGAGAGAGAGAGAGAGAGAGAGAGAGAGAGAGAGAGAGAGAGCGACUUUGGAGCAUUUUUGGAGCUAUUUUGGAGGAUUUCUUUACUAUUGGAGCUCGAAAAUCAAGAUUGGAGAUGGAGAUUGAAGAUCUAGAUCAGAUUUCUACAUUCUCGCUCUUCUCUAUGGAGUAACUUCCCUUCACUUAGGUUAUGAGCAACCCUAGCUCCAUGUGUUAGGAUCUUUCUUUAUGAAUCUUUGGAUGCUAUACUAUUUUAUUUUAAUCGAUUGAGACAUGUUUACUGAGUCAAUUGAAUCUUGAUCAAAUUCUCUUAACUUCUACUUUAACCUAUGAUAGAUAGAAUCUGAUUAGGUUGAUAGAGCUUCUUCAAUUGAUAGGAGUGAAUAGAUUGUACAAGAGUCA